AUGAACGGAAAAGAAAUUUCUAAUUAUCCUGAAAAUUCAAAUAUAGUAUGGAAAAAUAAUAAACUUCAAUGUUCAAUAAAUUAUGUUAAUGAUAAACCUACAUAUGUAGUAAAAUUUGGUAAUAAUUUUUCCAAUCAAGUUGUUUCAAGUAAAUCUCCUUCAGAUGCGACUACAUUAUUUCAUAACCAAGUGCUUGAUGAUUUUACAAAUAUAUCAAAAAAUCAUUACAAUCCUGUAGAUAAACCUAUUUUGGAAAAAGUUCAAUUUUUUGUGAAUAAUUAUAAAUUUAAGGUAAAUGUAAAUGAAAAUUUGAUAACAAAAGAAUGUAAGAAUGAAGCAAUGGUGAUGGUGGUUGAUAAUGGACAAAUUUCUCGAGAUGCCUACAGAAAAUUAACUACAAUUGAAGAUGAAUUACCACGUGAAUGGACAAUUGCUGAGAAACGAACACAAAUUAAUAUACGGAUGAAUGAUAGAAUUAAGAUAAACACAGUUAUAAUGCCACAACAUAUGGAUAUAAAUUCAAAUGAAAGUUUUGACAUUUUUGAUCCAGAGGUUAUUGAAGAAGUAACAACGUCAGUUGGAAAAGGUGGUAAAAGAAGUUUAAAAGAUGUAUUUAAAUUUAUAGUACCAAACUUAAUAAAGAGAGAAGACAUUGAAAAUAUACAUAAUCCUAAUUAUCACUAUACAGUAGUAUUGUACCCUGGUUUAGAAAAUUAUGAAUCCUUAGAUAUAUUAACAAUUUCAUUUCGAGAAGAAUUACAAGAAUUGAAAGAAAUAGGAAUAAACAUUAAUGGAGUUAAUUGGACGAUUAACAUGUAUUUUAGCUCAGACUGGAAAUUUCUUACAAUUUGCUUAGGUUUUAAUUCAGCAAAUAGCUUAUUUUUUUGCCCGUGA